AUGGCUCCCUCGAACAUCUCAUCUGGGCUCAAUACCCCGAACCCCGAGUUCGAAACAGUCCUUCCAAUUCACCCUACCGCGGCGCGUCGUCCCAACACCCUUGUCGUGCAAUCCGAGAAUACCCAAUACUCCGAUGAAUAUAUUACCUCCAGCUUCAACAACCGCGGAGCAACUGUGAACCUGUCCGAAGGACAGAUCCUCGUCACCCCGACUGUCCAGCCUUACGAAUUCCAGACCAAGAGGUCUGUUAGCAAGACUGGCCUGAUGAUGAUUGGGAUGGGUGGUAACAACGGCUCCACACUCUCUGCAACCAUCCUCGCGAACAGGCACAACAUUGUCUGGCGCACGAAGGAGGGCGUUCAGCAGCCGAACUACAUUGGCUCCCUCCUUCGCGCCUCCACCGUUCGCAUCGGCUCUGAGCCUGGCACGGGCAAGGAAGUCCACAUCCCGAUUUGCGACGUCCUCCCUAUGGUUCACCCCAAUGACCUUGUCCUUGGUGGAUGGGACAUCUCCGGCGUGCCUAUGGACAAGGCUAUGGACCGUGCUCGCGUCCUCGAUUAUGACCUCCAGCGCCAAGUUGCCCCAUAUAUGGCUCUGCUUGGCAAGCCUCUCCCUUCCAUCUACUACCCCGACUUUAUUGCGGCCAACCAGGAAGCCCGCGCCGACAACCUCAUCCCCGGCGACGAUAAGCAUGCCCAUCUUGAGCACAUUCGCGCUGAUAUUCGCAAGUUCAAGCAAGAUAACGAGCUCGACUGCGUCGUCGUCUUCUGGACCGCGAACACCGAACGCUACAGCGACAUCAUCCCCGGUGUCAACGAUACCGCUGACAGCUUGCUCGCUUCCAUCAAGUCGUCCCACGCUGAGGUCUCCCCUUCGACCCUCUUCGCCGUUGCCGCCAUCUUGGAGGGCGAGCCAUUCAUCAAUGGCGCCCCGCAGAACACCUUUGUCCCGGGUGUCAUUGAACUCGCCGAGCGCAAGCAGUCCUUCAUCGGUGGUGACGAUUUGAAGUCUGGUCAGACCAAACUCAAGUCCGUUCUCGCAGAGUUCCUCGUCAACGCCGGAAUCAAGCCUCUUUCCAUCGCCUCUUACAACCAUCUCGGCAACAACGAUGGCCACAACUUGUCCGCAGAGAGGCAAUUCAAGAGCAAGGAGAUUAGCAAGAGCAGCGUCGUCGACGAUAUGGUCAACGCCAACCGCUUGCUUUUCAAGGCGCCUGAAGUCGGUCCCAAAGGUGUCCCAGUUGGCAAAGGCGAACAUCCCGACCACAUCGUCGUCAUCAAAUACGUCCCAGCUGUUGGCGACUCCAAGCGUGCCAUUGACGAGUACUACUCCGAGAUCUUCUGCGGCGGUAGAUCCACCAUCAACAUCUUCAAUGAAUGCGAGGACUCCCUCUUGGCUACGCCUCUCAUCUUGGAUUUGACAAUCCUCACUGAGUUGUUGACUCGUGUCAAGUACCGCGAUCUUUCUGCCGAGUCGAAGAACAAGGAAUUCGCUCCUUUGUACCCUGUUUUGUCGCUCCUUUCCUACAUGUUGAAGGCCCCCCUCGUCAAGCCCGGCACCGAGGUCAUCAACAGUCUCAAUAGACAGCGCAACGCUCUCGAGUCCUUCCUUAAAGCUUGCGUGGGCCUUGAGGGCAGCAGUGACUUGCUCCUCGACACCAGGAUCUGGUAA